GUCCGCUUUGCGACUACCGCCAAUCUCUCCAGGAAGGCCGUCAGGUCCUCUACGCCGUCGUCGCCGCGAUUCCAGAAAUCCCCACCCCUUUCCCUCGACCACUUUAUCCAGCGCCAGCGCGUUCUCGCCCUCUACCGCGACAUUCUCCGCUCCUUGUACCGACACAUGUCCGAGCCCCAGAGGGGAGAGAGCAUUGCGUACGCGAAGGGCGAAUUCACGCGGAACAAAGACGUGCGGGAGAUCGACAGGAUCAGGUAUCUGGUCAGUACGGGGAAGGCGGAGUGGGACGGCGUCAGGAGGGGCGUGGAGGAGAUGGGGGGACCUGCUCGAGGA